ACGGAGACGAGGGGGAAAGGGUGCGGGCUCGAAAUGCACUGCUUUGCUAGUUCGCCCUCCGGUCUCUCUUUCGCAGUCCCCGUUGCGCACCUUUGCACCACCUCAUCAGCCUUGGGCCUAACAAUUCACCAUUUGAGCGGGCAGACAAGUACAAAUCUGUAGCAGGAUCGCAGGAUGGACACGCUCGGAGUCGAGGAUCUCUUUCGGGUCGUAUGCGAAACGAUACCAAAGAACCGGCGGUUCUCUGGGCUUGCCGAAUCUGACCUCCACGACCUGUGGAAGGCGCUUUCACAGCUUAUCGAAGUACAACUUCGAAGCAAACGGUCUGUGAACUGCCCUGGACUGGGGUGCUUCUAUGUCAAACGAGUAAAGCAAAUAUCCGGAGAUGAGACGGGGGUAUGUCUACCACAGUUCUUUCCCUCCAAGAACUGGGAGAGGAUACCGGGCUAUCAGUCGAGUCGAUCAUCAACCAACGGACCCACCGUCUCCGAGCCUUUGAAUUUUUCUGCUCUGACCCAAUACUGCAGCUAUCCCCGAGACGAACUCGAAGCUGGAGUAAAAGACAUUGUUCAUGCCCUUCAUCGGGUGCUGAAACGAGGAACAAACGUCGUUUUGGCCAUGGGCAGCUUCGGCAAGCUAUAUUUUCAAAACCCUGAAAUACGUCUGAGAUUCUAUCCCGGUUUCGUCAAAAGCCUAAGUGAUAUGGUCAAGCCUGUGACAGAACCGGUUGCAGAGCACAUUCUUCCUCUGGACUCUCCAUUACCAUCCAAUCCUGUCGCCGUCGACCCAAUUCCGAGUCCGAUCGAGAGCGUCGAAAGCGCCCCUUCAUCCAGCAGCAUCACUCUCCCCCCACUACCGGCACUUCAUCAAGCCGAACCACAAUUUACAGAAGAUGAUCCAGAGGACCUCAGUGAACGAGACCUGGACACCGAGGAAAGCUCUGUCGCUGGCACUCCACCUCCAAAGUUGUCCAAGACGAAGGCUGAUGAGAAUGACCCAACGUACCCGUACGGCUACCGAGUAGUGGGAACACAUACGCACCCGCAUUCCGGAGAUCGUCUAUGGACCAAUGUGAAAUGCCCCAUAUGUCGCCAGCGCAACAUGCCCGUGAUCGAUGUUAAGGAGCAGCUGGUCCGCAGGGAGAAGGACCACGACAGACUGCUGCUCCACUUGUCUUUGGAAGUUGACCGUGAGUUUAUGAAGAAAACAAAGGAGCUGGAGCUAGAUAAGCUCAAGACAGCCAUAGCCACGGCACAGUACAAUCACACCAAAGCCAUGGACAAAGAAGCCCAGCGCAAGAGCAUCAACCUGCCAAUGGGGAAUCUGUUUGAGAAUCGUCCUCCUCCACCCGAUCGAAUUUUGCAGAACCAGCAGCUCUCUGAGGGCCUCCACGAGCAGAUAGUGUCCAAGCAGAUCAAAAGAACACAAGAGAAGCUGCAGAAGGAGUACGAAGACCGCGUGCUGAAUCAAAAAUUCUUGAGAGAAUUCAAGACAAGCGAGACAGAAGCACACCUGGAAAAGCUCAAGCGAAGACAGGCUCAACAGGAUGCGCUCUCAGAGCAGAUCCGCACUGCCCAAGAGCGACGAAAGCAAAUCACCGGAGCUGAGACCGACAAUCCCUUUGCCCGAAGUGAGAGCUUGAUGUUUUUGUACCAGAAAGAAAAGGCAAAACAGCUCUAUCAGGAGCAACUGGCAAUCAUCAAACAAAAACGGGAGUACGAAGCCAGAGUGGCAGAUAUCGAACGGAAGAAUGCGCUGGAGAGACUGUGUCUUUCGAGGAAGGAGCUUGAGAAGGACCUCCAAUCGCUCAAGAAGUCCAAUUUCCAGACGCGGAAGUCGCUCGAAAGCUAUUGGACAGAACAGAUUAAGCUCAAAAGUGUAACGGGGAUGGGAACUGGGCUGGGACUGGACCUGGGCUGGGACUGAACUGGGAUCGGGCUGGGACUGGUUUUACUGGCGUU